UCUGCGCUUUGCAAAGCAUGCAGUUAGGGGAGCAGCUCUUGGUGAGCUCGGUGAACCUGCCCGGCGCGCACUUCUACCCGCUGGAGAGCGCGCGAGGCGGCGGCGGCGGCGGCGGCGGCGGCGGCGGGAGCGCCGGCCACCUCCCGGGAGCGGCCCCCUCGCCUCAGAGGCUGGACUUAGACAAAGCGCCCAAGAAGUUCUCGGGCAGCCUCUCGUGCGAGGCAGGGAGCGGGGAGCCCGCAGCCGCCAGCGCGGGAGCCCCCGCGGCCAUGCUCAGUGACGCCGACGCCGGGGAAGCCUUCGCCAGCGCCGCGGCGGUGGCCAAGCCAGGGCCCCCGGACGGCCGCAAGGGCUCCCCCUGCGGGGAGGACGAGAUGCCCUCCGCCGCCGCCGCCGCCGCUGCGGCUGCCGCCGCCGCCGCCGCCGCCGCCACCGCGCGCUACUCCAUGGACAGCCUGAGCUCGGAGCGCUACUACCUCCAGUCCCCCGGGCCUCAGGGCUCCGAGCUGGCCGCGCCCUGCUCGCUCUUCCCGUACCAGGCGGCGGCCGGGGCGCCCCACGGAUCUGUGUACCCGGCUCCCAACGGGGCGCGCUACCCCUACGGCUCCAUGCUGCCCCCCGGAGGCUUCCCCGCGGCCGUGUGCCCACCCGGGAGGGCGCAGUUCGGCCCGGGAGCCGGCGCGAGCGGCGGCGCGGGCGGCAGCGGCGGCGGGGGAGGAGGCGGUCCGGGCGCCUAUCAGUACGGCCAGGGGGCUCCGCUCUAUGGGCCGUACCCUGGGGCGGCAGCCGCGGGUUCUUGCGGAGGACUGGGGGGCCUGGGGGUUCCUGGCUCUGGCUUCCGCGCCCACGUCUACCUGUGCAACCGGCCUCUGUGGCUCAAAUUCCACCGCCACCAAACCGAGAUGAUCAUUACGAAACAGGGCAGGCGCAUGUUUCCUUUCUUGAGCUUCAACAUAAACGGACUCAACCCCACCGCCCACUACAACGUGUUCGUGGAGGUGGUGCUGGCGGACCCCAACCACUGGCGCUUCCAGGGGGGCAAAUGGGUGACCUGCGGCAAAGCCGACAAUAACAUGCAGGGCAACAAAAUGUAUGUUCACCCAGAGUCUCCAAAUACUGGUUCCCACUGGAUGAGACAGGAGAUUUCCUUUGGGAAAUUAAAACUCACCAAUAAUAAAGGCGCAAAUAACAACAACACGCAGAUGAUAGUCCUCCAGUCUUUACACAAGUACCAACCACGACUGCACAUCGUGGAAGUCACAGAGGACGGCGUGGAGGACCUGAAUGAGCCCUCCAAGGCUCAGACCUUCACCUUCUCAGAAACACAGUUCAUCGCGGUGACUGCCUACCAGAACACCGACAUAACUCAACUCAAGAUUGAUCAUAACCCCUUUGCAAAAGGCUUCAGGGACAACUAUGACUCCAUGUACACCGCUUCAGAAAAUGACAGGUUAACUCCAUCUCCUACGGAUUCUCCUAGAUCCCAUCAGAUUGUCCCUGGAGGACGGUACGGCGUUCAGUCCUUCUUCCCGGAGCCCUUUGCCAACACUUUACCUCCAGCCCGAUAUUAUAAUGGCGAGAGAACCGUGCCACAGACCAACGGCCUCCUUUCGCCCCAACAGAGCGAAGAGGUGACCAACCCUCCCCAGCGGUGGCUUGUCACGCCUGUCCAGCAAGCUGGGACCAACAAACUAGACAUCAGUUCCUAUGAGUCUGAAUAUACUUCCAGCGCCUUGCUCCCGUAUGGCAUUAAAUCCUUGCCCCUCCAGACAUCCCAUGCCCUGGGGUAUUACCCAGACCCCACCUUCCCUGCCAUGGCGGGCUGGGGAGGUAGAGGCUCUUAUCAGAGAAAGAUGGCAGCUGGACUCCCAUGGACCUCCAGAACAAGCCCCCCUGUGUUCUCUGAAGACCAGCUCUCCAAGGAGAAAGUCAAAGAAGAAAUGAGCUCUUCUUGGAUAGAGACACCCCCUUCCAUCAAGUCUCUGGAUUCCAACGAUUCGGGCGUCUACACCAGUGCCUGUAAGCGAAGGCGACUGUCCCCCAGCACCUCCAGUAACGAGAAUUCUCCCUCCAUAAAAUGCGAGGACAUUAACGCUGAAGACUACAGCAAAGACACCUCGAAAAGCAUGGGGGGCUAUUAUGCUUUUUACACAACUCCCUGAAGAGUUCUUUUAACCUCGCAAAAAUCAGCUAACUUUAGGCAGAUGGACUUGGUGGUGUUUUUUUGUUGUUUGUUGUCUUCUUUGCCAAAAAGACGUUUGCCUUCCACCCUGAUGCACCCUGUUUUGUGCAAUUUCCUAAAAGAAGGUGCCAAAGCUUUUUGAUUUGCUGCAGGUAACUGAAACAAGCCUAGCAAUUUUUUUUUAAAAUAAAUGUACUGGAGGACUUUCAAGCGUUUUAAAAUUUGAAGGUUGUUCAAAGUUACGGAUUUAUUUAUUGGAGACGCUAGACGUUCAGAGAAUUGGGCUGUGAAGAUUGAGUGCCUAAUGCUAUCAGAGGAUGUGAAAGCUUUGAUUCUCGUUUUUAUUUGUAAAUCUGUAAGCAAAUGGAAGCCCAGAGUGGUAAGAUGUUUGGCUUCUACAGGAGGAGGGGAGGCCUUCAGCUUCAACAAGGACUUUUUUGCUGGUAACUUUCUUCUGGGGACAAAAGACGUUAGGCCUGGGAGACCAGAAGAACUUUGUGAAGGGGCUGGUUUUACUUGACUUUGAUUCUUCCCAGAUUUUUUGAAAGAAGCCAUGUGUGCCCUGGAUCAGGACUGCCUCGUGGGCUAGGCCUCUGCUGUGUGCCCAGAGGGGGCUAGUAGGACUCAGGAGGGGACGAGGGAGGGAGUUGCCAAAAAGAAAAAGAAAAAGAGAGAAUUUUAAAGUGUACAGUUGUGUGUGCUUAGAUACACUGUAGAAUACUGUGAAAAAUAUUGUACAAAUAGUCAACGUAGGUAUAUGAGAUUAUGUAAAAUUGGUGCUUUGGCUUUGUAAAGAAUUUGCAAAUCACCGGAGGACAGCUUGCAGGAGCCAGGGGAGUUUCCCCCAUCAUCCCCCCAAUGUAUGGGAAUCUAUUCUGUCUACUUCUUAGAUAGUUAAGAAUGUAUUCAGCAACUCUGUACUAACUUCCAACAUGUUAAGGAAAAUUCCCCUUUCAUCCUCUUCCUUCGCCACCCCCACCACCCAACUUGGUAAUUAAUGUGAAUAAACGGAAACGUGACGCCACA